UUGGGUGUUUCAGCUUGUCAUUAGUGUUUUUUCGCCCUGCUGUCUGUACAGCCUUUGUUGUUUUACUUUUUAACUCCUGCAGUGCCUACAGGGAGUACAAGACAUUCUGCUAUCCAGGGGGCGUAUUUACUAAACUGCGCUUUGUGGAGAACUGACAAAGGGAUUGCAAAUUUGAGUUUGCCAUGGAGCACCUGGGCAGAGUGUUACAGGCCGCUGCCAGACGCAAUACGGUGGCCAGUCGCCGGAGGAUCCGUGGCCUCAGCAGCACAGCAGGCCACACGACUGAGAAGAAUGUCCCUUAUACGACAACCCUGAAAGAAGAAAGUACCACGCGUAAAGGGCCCAGCAAGCCCCUGCCUCAGGCAGCUGACGUGGUCGUCAUAGGUGGGGGCAGUUUGGGAUGCCAAACCAUCUACCACUUGGCUAAGAUGGGCAUGAAAAAUGUUGUCUUGCUGGAGAGAGACCGACUCACAUCUGGAACUACUUGGCAUACAGCAGGGCUUCUGUGGCAGCUGAGACCCAGCGAUGUCGAAGUGGAACUUCUCGCUCACACACGGAAUGUUGUGAGUCGAGACCUGGAGCAGGAGACAGGACUGCACACGGGGUGGAUCGAGAAUGGGGGCCUCUUCAUUGCAUCCAACAAGCAGCGUUUGGACGAGUACAAGCGGUUGAUGUCUCUAGGAAAGGUGUAUGGCAUCGAGUCCUACGUCUUGUCUCCAGCUGAAACCAAGGAUCUGUACCCACUAAUGAACGUGGACGAUCUGUACGGCACUCUGUAUGUCCCUAAAGAUGGUACUAUGGACCCGGCUGGCACCUGCACAACUUUGGCAAGGGCAGCGACCGCACGGGGGGCACAGGUCAUAGAGAACUGUCCAGUUACCGGCAUUCAGGUGAAAACAGAUGACAUGGGAAUAAAAAGGGUAGCAGCUGUGGAGACUGAAUUCGGCACUGUGCGUACGCCCUGCGUUGUCAAUUGUGCAGGUGUAUGGGCAAGGACACUGGGAGAGAUGGUUGGUGUGAACGUACCUCUGGUUGCAAUGCAUCACGCAUACGUGGUCACAGAGAGGAUUGAGGGAAUUCAGAACAUGCCAAAUGUUCGGGACCACGAUGCUUCAGUGUAUCUGCGUCUCCAAGGUGAUGCCUUGUCAGUGGGUGGCUAUGAAUCAAAUCCAAUAUUCUGGGAAGAGGUUUCAGACACCUUCGCCUUCGGUCUCUUUGAUCUGGAUUGGGAUGUCUUUACACAGCAUAUUAAUGGGGCAAUUAACAGAGUUCCAGCACUCGAGAAUACUGGUAUUAAAUCUACAGUGUGUGGUCCGGAAUCCUUCACUGCUGACCACAAGCCACUCAUGGGGGAGUCUCCUGAAGUACGAGGGUUUUUCCUUGGCUGCGGGUUUAACAGCGCAGGUAUGAUGCUGGGAGGAGGUUGCGGCAAAGAGUUGGCUCAUUGGAUUAUUCAUGGCCGUCCAGAGAAGGAUAUGUACGGUUAUGAUAUCAGGAGAUUCCAUCACUCGUUGACCAAUCACAAUCGCUGGAUCCGUGAGCGGAGUCACGAGUCCUACGCCAAAAACUAUUCGGUGGUUUUCCCUUACGAUGAACCUCUGGCUGGGAGAAACAUGAGGAAGGACCCCCUUCACGAGGAGCUUCUCCAACAAGGCUGCGUAUUCCAGGAGCGGCAUGGCUGGGAGAGGCCGGGAUGGUUUAACCCUGAGGGUCCUGCCCCUCUUCUAGACUAUGACUAUUAUGGAGCUUACGACCUACAGCCACACAAUGGUUACAGGUACAGCCAGCUCUUGGCGAAGGAGUAUACCUUUAGCUUCCCUCCCCACCACGAUGUGAUCAGGAGAGAAUGCCUUCUGUGCCGGAAUGGAGUUGCUGUUUUUAACAUGUCCUACUUUGGGAAGUUUUACCUGGUCGGGCCGGACGCCACUAAAGCCGCUAAUUGGCUAUUCACCGCUGAUGUCGACAAGCCUCCAGGAUCCACAGUGUAUACCUGUAUGCUAAACCGCCGUGGCGGCACUGAAAGUGAUCUCACCGUAAGCAGAAUAUCUCCUGGAACACAAUCAUCUCCCCUGGCUCCAGCCUUUGAUGGAGACGGAUAUUACCUUGCUAUUGGAGGGGCUGUUGCAGAGCACAACUGGGGCCACAUCUCAACUGUCCUACAAGACAAAAACUUCAAGUGCAAACUCAUAGAUUGCUCGGAGGACCUCGGCAUGAUCAGCAUCCAGGGCCCAGCCAGUCGCAGUGUCCUGGAGGAGGUCCUGGAUGAAGAUCUCGGCAACGACUCAUUUCCUUUCUCGACACACAAGAUUGUGACGGCUGCUGGGCACAAGGUUCGUGCCAUUCGUUUGUCAUUCGUUGGAGAGAUGGGUUGGGAGUUGCACAUGCCCAGAGAUGCCUGUAUUCCUGUCUACAGGGCAGUCAUGAAAGCUGGAUCCAAGAUGUCCAUCGGCAACGCUGGAUAUAGAGCGAUUGAUUCCCUCAGCAUUGAGAAAGGCUACCGGCAUUGGCACGCAGACCUCCGACCUGAUGACACCCCACUAGAGGCUGGUCUAGCCUUUACCUGCAAACUGAAAUCAAACAUCCCAUUUUUGGGAAGGGAAGCCUUGGAGAAGCAGAAGGCUGAGGGUAUUCGGAAACGACUUGUUGGAUUCACAAUCAAUGAGAGAGUGCCGCUUUUUGGCUUGGAGGCCAUAUGGCGGAAUGGGGUUGCUGUCGGACACAUACGGAGGGCGGACUUUGGAUUUGCAAUCAACAAAACUAUAGCAUAUGGGUAUAUCCGAAACCCUGAAGGGGGAGCGGUCACUACGGAUUUUGUCCGAACUGGAGAAUACAAAUUGGAGAGAAUGGGGGUCACAUAUCCCGCUGAAGCCCACUUGAAGUCACCUUUUGACCCAAACAAUACAAGAGUAAAAGGACUUUAUUGAACGGCGCAGAUAAUGACUUGGUGCCGCAGGACGUUUCUCUGUCAGAUCUCUAACUGAUCUCUAAUGGUCUAACUGGCGAUAUCCCUGACAGUAAAACUAGAAUCCAAUACUUAAACCUCUUCGUUCCUGGAGGUUAUUGAUUUAUAUACUAAUGACUGCUUUUAGAUAUGUAGAAAACCCCUUUUAUCAGCAACAAAUUGAGAGAUAAAUGUUUGUCAUAUUG